UUUUCCUGCUUGAGAUGCACAGAAGAAAAACUGACAAUAUUGAUUAUAUUCACAAUAAUGACAAUGUUAUUUGAAGUAAUGCCAUUAAAAUGCGGUUUUAUUUGAAAAGCAGCAUAAUAAUUUUCACCAUUACAAAUAAAGAAUGACUAGUCUGAGUUUGAGUUUAGCGUCUCUAAAUGGUGAGAAAGAAGAACAGUUUCUGGAGCAUUAUUUUUCUCACGUCAGUCACUGUGAACAUGACAAAGCCAGGGAACUUGCAGAGAAGGAGAGAGAUGCUUACAAGGCAAUGUUUGGUUCCUCCUGGGCCAUGUUCUUACUUUCACUUUCACAGUUUGCCACAGCAGAGAAAACUUACAUGUCACUGGGAUUUUUAGAACAGAAGAGCUUCUUUACAAGAUCAAAAGAUACUCUGAAGAGCUGUUAUCAGACCCUGAUGCAGGAUUUUAGACGCGUUGAGGAGGCUGUAAAAUCCACAGAGGAACAAGGAUUUGGAAUGUCCAGCAAUGUGAUCGAAUUCGAGAAGUUACUAGCCCAUCUUUGUGAUCAACUGUGCUUCUUUACACAGGCCAGACAGGAGACAAUCAAUUUCUAUGAACAAGUUCACAUCAUGGGGAUGACAAAGCAUAUCAACUUUGAAGAUCUUAACAUGGUUGUCAAGGAAAUUAUAGCAGGACACAACAAGAAUUUUCACCAUCCAAUUUUAGCACCACUCAAAACUGUGUUUGGAUAUGAGUGUGAUACAUUAAACCAUUUACUGGUUGCCCAGACUAUGAUGUCUGACUGGAAGUUUCUGAUGGCCCUCUUACACAUUCAUGAAGCCCACACAAAACUGACAAGCUGGGCUACAUUAAUUCACCCUAAGGAGAGUAAGAAAUCUGCCUUCGGAGGCUCCAGUAAACAUGGCUCCCUGCCUGCCCUUUAUCAGUGGCUGAGUAAAUUCAAAAACCUGCUGCUCUCUAAAUUCAGUAUCUACUUUUACGACAUCCUACAAAGGCAGGCCUCUCCCCUUGAAAUGAAAUCCUUGAUCAGUAAAACUCCUGAUGAUUUUGUCACAAGGAUACAGACAUUUCACAAGAAGUCUGAUGCGUGUCAUGUCUCCCUGGUCCUGAACACUCAGGGACUCGAGCGAGUUUUCCCUGGGGGAUAUCAGUACCCAGGGAGACUGGUGGAAACACCCCAGGGACUGGACACUUUUCCUGCCAUUUUUUCCUACCCAGGGGAUAGACCCGCCAAUCAUUUUCCCGCAGUGGUGAUGAUGUUGACGGAGGGACGUGACAGGGAGGAGCCAGCCGUGUACGCCCAGGAUAAAAUACACUACAUGUACGACAAGGGGUCGCACUCCUCCUACUUCUACACACAGGUCGAUACAAGGAUCAGUCUGGUCGUUAUAUUCGAGAGCAAGAAAUCAGAGAAAGACUCCUACGUGAAUAACUUUAUGACUGAAUUAGCCACUCACUUAAGGUGUACAAAAUUCUUUACUUCCUUAAAGCCAGGCUUUAAGUGAAAUAUA